CUAUUGGGAGUAAGCAUAUAGACAUGAUUACAUUAGGUCCUAGACUCAUAAAUCGCUCGGGGCUUCUUCGAAGUUCUUACUGUGCUAAUUUGUUGAGGUUUUCUAUAAGAUUCAAGUCGAACUUGCCUCAAGACGUUAACCAAAAGAAGAAUUUACCAUCAAAUGAAGAAUGGAAACAUUUGAAACAGCAUAUACCGGGAGAAUCAGUUCAGCCUAAUGAUCUUAAGAGCCGGAUUCCCAAGUUCCCGCUUGCCAAAGAAAAUGUUCCAACGUUAUUACCAAGACCAGGAGUUCCUCAAGUUGGGUCCCAAUAUUCAUUUAGACAAGUUCUUCAAAUUUUGAAAAAUAAGACCAAACCUGAGUUAAUAUACGAAGCUGAACCACACAGACUAUACUUUCUCGCAUGUCUUUCAUUCGCAGCCGUUCUCACGAUAUACGGUGUUGUCUUAGCAGAAUAUGCUUGGUUUGAAGCUAAUAAAGAAUAUGAUGAAAAUGAAAAAGAAUUAAAUGGACCAUUAAGAAUGAGAGAAUUUGGUUUUACGUUAUUGAAAAAUUCAACGUUCGCAAUGGUUAUGUUCGGAGCAGCUUACUUAAUUGGAUCUUUCCCAACUAGAUUAAUCAGAAGAAUGUGGUAUUUACCAGGUCCGGUUGAGCAUGUUCAAUUCACUUCCUAUUCGUUAUUACCGGGUAGACCUACCCCGGUGAUAACCGUUCCAUUGAAGAACUUAGUGAGAAAACACCAAGCUAGAGUCUGGACUGGUAAAGGUUUUUACGGGACUGCUGAUAAAUCAAUGUUUUUCUUCGUUUUAAAAGAAUCUGAGGCUAAAAAAUCAUGGAUUGUUGAUAGAAAAGGUUUUUUCUGGUCAGAUGGUAGAGUUUUUGAUUAUCUUUUCGGGAAAGAAACCGUUGCAGAAGCAGAAGCUGGUAUUCCGUACGAUGAACAAAUUGGUAUUGUAAACCGUGAAGUGAAAAAACAAAAACAAGAAUUAAGAGCUAAACAUGGGAUGUUCUAUAAAUGGAAAUUGGCCGGUAAAGAUAUGAAGCAAGAUGCUCAAAAAGGUGCCAACUAUAUUUCCACUUUAAAAGCUAAUAAUAAAAAACCAAAAUCACUUCCAAACAAUGACUCAAAAACCGUUAAAAAAUGAUUUUACUUCGCUUUUGUUUCCAAAAAAUC